AUGCUGGCAACCAGGACUCUGCUGUCAAAACAAACAAUGGCUGCUCUGUUUCGUCAGCCAGCCUGCUUUGUUCACCAGGGUGACUAUGGCAACUGGGGAAAUACCAACGUUGCAGUGGUUUUCUCAGGAUGUGGAUGGUGGGAUGGGACUGAUGUCCACGAGGGGGUAUACACCAUGUACCACCUGAGCCGUAACGGUGCUCGCUUCCAGAUGUUUGCUCCAAACCAGCAGCAGAUGCAUGUGAUGGACCACAUGAGAAAGCAACCUGCCACUGGGGAGAACAGGAACAUGAUGACGGAGUCGGCUUGCUUCAGCCAUGGUCAGGGAAUGACGCAAAUGCAGGACCUGUCCAAGCUGGAUGUCAGCAGCUUUGAUGCUGUCAUCUUUCCUGGAGGCCACGGAGUCACCAAGAACCUGUCCUCCUUUAUGAAGGAUGGCAAAGACUGCAAGCUGCACAAUGACGUGGAGAGGGUGCUCAAAGAUUUCCACCGUUCACGCAAACCUAUUGGACUGGCCAGCAUGGCCCCCCUGUUGGCCUGCCGCGUGCUGCCCAACAUCGAGGUGACUAUGGGCUACGAGCGGGAUGACAGCACUCGCUGGGGGAACUGGCCCAACACAAACCUGGUGCAGGCUGUGAAGAGCAUGGGGGCUCGCCACCAGGGCCGUGAGCCAUAUGAAGCCUAUGUGGACGAGAAGAACAAAGUGGUCAGCACUCCGUCCUUCAUGUGGGAGACGGACUAUCACUACCACUAUAUAUUCGAUGGUAUUGGAAACAUGGUCAAACACGUCAUGCGCAUGUCAACCAAGUGAGGGGACAUUUUGAGGCUGGAAAAAGCAGAAAGCUUACUUAUAUACAACAUACACCUCUGUAUUAUGUUGAAUUCUGAACUGAAAUAAGUAUACACUAAUAAAUCAUAUAUAUGCUUUAGUUAAAGAGCAAA